UGUAUUUUUUAAAUCUUCAGGUGAAUUUUUAUUUAUUUUGGAGAUGUAGAUGCCUUGAGUUGCGUAGUUGGCAGCUUACGGAUACUUAUUUUUGAGGGCAUCCGCCUCUCGCGCAUUGCUUGAUAUCGUAAUGCAUAUUCUGAACUGAACUUGAGUGAGUGAGCUCGAAGUGUGAUGAGCUCCAUGACCAUUAUGAAGGUGCGCGACCUGCAUCCUCAAAUUAUUUGCCCCCUUUGUGGUGGAUACUUCAUUGAUGCAACAACGAUUGUGGAAUGCCUGCAUUCGUUUUGUAGAUCGUGCAUCGUACGCUACUUGGAAACGAGCAAGUAUUGCCCAAUAUGUGACGUUCAGAUUCACAAAACAAAGCCACUCUUAAAUAUAAGGCCCGACAAAACCCUGCAGGACAUAGUGUUCAAGCUGGUUCCGGGUUUAUUCGAAGAUGAAAUGCGUCGAAGGCGCGAAUUUUAUUCGAAGCAUCCGGAGUCGGAACCCGCUGAUUUAGAAGAGAAUGGUAGAAUGAUCGGGCAUCGAUAUGUCAUAUGCAGUUCGAAAGAUAUGAUCAAUGUGGCACUGUCCCCGCGUCAUUCUUCUGCAAUUGUUGGGAGCAAGUCACGCCUCAUAGAUCAGCUGAAGUGCGUAGGUCCGAAGAGAUUUUUCUAUUGUCCGGCAAUGGUCACAAUCGGUCAUCUGAAGCAUCUACUACGUAAUAAACUCGGUCCUGAGUUACUGAAACACGGACGCUUGGAAAUAUUUUGGCAAGACGCCCAGCUUCCAGAUCCGUAUACAUUACUGGAUAUCGGAUGCACCUACCCAUGGAAUCGAAGCAAGCCGAUGCACCUUUCUUACAGAAUCGUUGCAGUUCGGAAGGAUGAAGAAAAUUUUCGCCUAAUGAAUGGAGAAGCAAAAAAAUUGCGGAAGAAAAGAAGCCUUUCGAGGAGGAAAAUCAGAUUGACUUCCGAAGUCCUGUGCUCUUCCCCCGUUCGAUCCGCUUCACCCGCUCUACCGAUCUGUGAUAAUCCGGCAGAAUCAGUUCCCGUCAACCAUUUGAAGUCCAGCGAUGACGACACGAAAGAAAACGUUGAGGGCACAACUUCCCUGGAACCUCCAGAAUCUGUUCCAUCCUGUGAUAGUCUUUCUGAAAGUGAACCUUUAAAAGCGAAGCGGCGUAAAAGUGAAGAGCCGGAGUUUCGUGUGCCAAAACUUGAAAAUAAUUUGCCGUUGAGCUCAUUUUCGCCAUUGAUGGAAGUUGCUCGGACUCCUGAGCCCCCACCGUCGGAAAAGGUUGAGGUUCGCAUGCGUAAGCGAUGUCUAACUCCUGCUCUCAUAAAUGGCGUCGGUGAACAAGAAGAACUGAGAAGUAGUGAAGUGAGAACGCCGGAUGUGUAUCCGUGGUCUUCUCCGCUCGCGGGGUCGUGGGCCCAGUAUUACCAACAUUUUCACGCCGGUCUCGGUUCACCAGUUGCUCCUUCUCCACCGCUUCGCUUGAACUCGAGUUUUUCAAGCCCAGCCUACAACUAUCCAUCAUCUCCAAUUCCACCGCUGACUCCGCCGUUCCCAACUCCUCGUGCUAUGAUUCCUCCGCCGAUGCUCUCGCCUACCAUGAAUGCAUUGGCACAUUCCUCCAUGGCAUCGUCGAUGAUGUGGAGUCAGGCCAUGAAUUACCGGCAGUUUCAUCAUCAUCAGUCUCUUUUCGGUCAAAGGCAAUGGGAUAUUUUUGACGUCGGCAGUGUUUUCAAAUCAGCUUUCACAAACGGUGCGCACUCCUCGGGCGCAUCGCCGCCGAUGUUCCCACAUCUGCGAUCCGACGCGUCGUCUUUCUACUCGCCUGGAAAUUAUGUUUCUCCGAAUCCUCAGCGCGAAUUGCCAAAACAUUGAUCCGCGAAAUUUGUACGAAUUCUAUUAUUUUUUUAGGAUACCUACGAAUUGCGAUUCGUAGGUGCUUCUUCUGUAAAGAUUUCUUCCCCGCAAUUGCAGCCAACUGCCUCCUAAAGCUAGAGACGUAUUUUGUUAGAAGUUUUUGCGCUUGAAAUUCUGAGUGCCUUCGCUGUUCCGGAAUCUUUUCAAUUCUGUAUGUCUUGAAAAGAAACUCAUGUCGAAUGCUGUGAAAUUGAAGCGAUGCGAUCAUAGUGAUUUGCGCUUUUAUGCUAGGUUUCUAUUGGUUUGCAAAUAUUGCUAAAUUGUAACUUCUCAAAGCUCCGCGGUUAUUUUUUCAAUGAGCGUAUCAUGUGAAUAUUUUGGCUGCAGAUCUAGUCCGUUUUGACGAAUGCGUCUUUCCCGUUUGAGACCACAGUUUUCGAUUCAGUUUGCAAGGUUUUGGCUCAGUUUUGUGUCUUGAUGAUUGAAUUUCCCGUUGUGAUGUGAGUUGGUUGCGGAAACGUCACGCCGUGGUUGUACGACAUUCCCGACGGGUGACUUGAUACGUUUUGUGGCAGAGGUUUUCAUGCCCCUUGGAGCGAUUGAUUUUUUUAUCCUUUUUAUUUCCGUCGUAUAAGUUUUUUUUUUUUUCGAAGUGUGAGAGUCGCUCAUUUUGCAUUUUGACUCUUUGAGAUUUUUCUCGGAACCUUUUUUUUUGACUGUUCUCACAAGGAAAAGAAAAUCAGCUUGGCAAUGGGCGUUGCUGUGUUACAUAUAAGUCUUUUCACGUGCC